GGUCUUGUAGAAAUUUGCCUUAUGCACCCUCUUGACGUAGUGAAAACCAGGUACAAGUGGGAAGAACAUUGAGAGUACAGGAAAGACGGUAUCCCUGCUCCAAGUUCCUGCCCGUGGCUACUGGAAGGAGCAAUUGUAGGGAGAGUCAGGCUUGGCCCCUGCAGCUUUGAGCUGGAGCCUGCCCAAUGCAUUUGGAAUCUUCGGAGACUUUAGCUGCCAAAGAAGUCUCCACUGAGCAUGUGCAAACUGAGAUUUUUCAGAGGCUUAUAACUUGGCCACAUUUAAAUGAAUUUUCAUGGGAAUAACAAAAGGUUCCAAAUUCAAAGAGGGAAAACUGAUCCAACCAGUUACAAGAGCUUGGGGGACAGUUUUAGGACUAUUUUCCGGACUGAAGGAUUGUUUGGUUUCUACAAAGGCAUACUCCCUCCUAUCAUGGCCGAAACACCCAAAAGGGCAGUGAAGUUUUUCACCUUUGAACAAUACAAGAAAUUACUAGGACAUGCUUCACUGUCACCAGGAUUGACGUUUGCAGUUGCUGGUCUGGGAUCUGGAUUAACAGAAGCGGUUGUGGUUAACCCUUUUGAAGUAGUAAAGGUUAGCUUACAGGCAAAUCGGAAUGCUUUCACAGAGCAACCGUCAACCUUUGUCCAAGCACGACGAAUUAUUACAACUGAGGGCUUAGGAUUCCGUGGACUCAACAAAGGCCUCACUGCAACAUUGGGCCGCCAUGGAGUUUUUAAUAUGGUUUACUUUGGAUUCUACUUCAACGUCAAAAACGUUAUUCCAGUCAAUGAGGAGCCAACUUUGGAGUUCUUGAGAAAAUUUGGAAUUGGGCUAGUCUCAGGGACAAUAGCCUCAAUUAUUAAUAUCCCUUUUGAUGUUGCAAAAAGUAGAAUUCAAGGGCCACAGCCAGAGCCUGGAGAGAUCAAGUAUAGAACCUGUUUUAAAACUAUGGCAACAGUCUAUAAAGAAGAAGGGUUUCUGGCUUUGUACAAAGGGCUGGUUCCCAAGAUCAUGAGACUUGGCCCAGGUGGUGCAGUGAUGCUUUUGGUUUAUGAAUAUGCUUAUGCGUGGCUUCAGAAGAACUGGUGAUCAGAAGUACUGCUUCUAAAACAAUGUACUGUUUGAAAUGAUGUACCUGAUAAAUAUAACAUGUUAUGAUAUAAAGGACAUACGUAAAGCAAAAUAUAAGAAGUGCUCAUGCUACAGUUCUCUUUGAUAUGAAUGAGAGUUGAAGGCACUCAUCAGUUUGCAGGAUUGGGCCCUAUGGCCCUGAUCCAGCAGCGCAUUUUGGCACAGGCUUAGCUUUAAGCACUGAUGUGCUCCUUUGCUUAGCUGGAUCAGGGCCCUAGUGAUCAAGAAAAAAUGGUAACACGGAAACAAGUUAAUUUCUCAAGAACAAACUAAAUGUAAUGGACAGGAAAUUAUGUCAUUUAGUAAAUGCAUCAAUUUUUUAACUAGUGAUUGUUAAAAUGUCAGGUUAAGUUUCUUAAUAGGUGAACUCAGCAGGAGAAGAGCAUUAAUCAUGUGGAGCCAAAUCCUGUGCUGGUAUAAAUUGUCAUGGCACCAUUGACUUUCAAGUUGAGGACCUGGCCCAUGUUUUGCAAAUCUGAAGUAAAUCCUGGGUCUGUUCAUACGGUUCUAACACAGCAUGGGAGUGAUGCUUGGAAAAGGAUGGCCAGCUUGCCCCCAUACCUCAAACAAUACCUACUGCCAAACAGUCUGCACAGUCUCAGUUAUACAUUGAAUAUUAUCCUUAUUUCAAAUGUCAUAGAAAGAUGAUGAGCAUAAUUCAAUUUACCUAAAUUCUGUCCUCACACAGAAGUGUACAACCACCAUAGAAGUCAGUGAAGUAGACAAUAAAUAAACAAACAGGCAAUUUAAUUCAUUUUGGACGUAUAAGGCCAGAUUUGUGAACCAACAUCGUGAGCAAUUAUUCACAUGAGUAGUCCCAUUGACUCCUCCCCAACAGUAAUCAUUUGAAAACUACACAAAAAUGUU